UCAAUGGCGCAUACUCGGGCCUCGAGACGUUUUGCUCUUGCCACUCAACUGAGUAUUGAUCAAAUACUGAGAGACGCCAGAGAACGAUGGUUGCAUCCAGCCGAAAUCUGUGAAAUAAUUCGAAACAGUAGCAAGAUUCCUAUUGCUUCUGAACCUCAUAAAAGGCCUCCCAGUGGAUCAGUUUUUGUUUUUAAUCGGCACGUCGUGAGAUACUUCAGAAAAGAUGGCCAUAACUGGAGCAAGAGAAGUGAUGGAAAGACAGUCAAGGAAGCUCACGAAAAGCUCAAGGUUGGGAAUGUUCCCAUGUUGCAGUGCUACUAUACGCAUGGAGCAGAAAAUCAAAAUUUUCAUAGACGUAUUUACUGGAUGCUCAAAGAGCAAUUUUCAAGCAUAGUUGUUGUCCACUACCUAGAAACAAAGGGAAAUAGGAGAAAUUUUAACUGCACCAAAGUGACUAAAAAAAUCACUCAAUAUUCCAAUGAAAUUGAACCCAAUUUGGAGAUAAGAGGUUCUCUGUCUUGCGGUGUCCAUCCUAACAGUUACCAAUUGCCUUUACAAACUACUGAUGCAACAAGCCCGGGCAGUGCUAAUAAGAAUUUAGAACAUGAGAAUGCUGAAUCAAUUGCAGGAGAUGCCUUGGAGGAUUGGGCUACCGAAUUUGACUCUCAGCUUCUUCAUCAUCUGUUGUUUUCUUCACCAUCUCAAACUGACACCACAGAAAACAUAUUUGUAUCAGAAGAUCACAUACUGGAAGAGCUUUUUCCUGACAACCUUGAUGCAUGUUCGGAGUUCAGAAGUCCAGAAAAGAUUCAAGAGGGUAGACAGCAUUUAGAGAGCGAUUCUUAUUAUCACUUUAGAACAGAGGAUGGUGAGAGGAGUGAUGGUUCCGACAUUCCCUCGGAUCCCUAUGAACGCGGUAGAGAUCUCUCCCAACAUCGGCUUGAAAGCUUUGCCAAGUUCCCACCACAAUGGUCAUAUAUCGGCUCAGCAAUCCAGAACACUGAAAAUGAAGCUAUUCAUUUAUCCGAGCAGCCCAUGGAUCAGAACUUGUUUUCGGACUCGACACUGGAUCUUACUUCAGUGUUUUAUGAGCAAGGCAUUGAUUGUGAUGUUAUAUUUGAUUCACUUGAUAUGCAAAAUGGUCCACAAAUACAGGAAACUGCAAAAAAUUGUGGAUGGUCUCCUAUGUUUGGGGAAGUGGAAGUUUCGGCAGAAAAAAUGGUUGAUGGUUUUCUUGAUUGCCAUAAUCCUGAACAAGAAGUUGGGUUAGCUUGCACUGAACUGCCAGAAUUUGAAUGUGGUCAGAUCAGAAUUGAAAGUCUCUGUAUACGAUUUGGAAAGUUACUCUGUCUGAGUUCGGUUGAUGUUCCUACUCCAGAUUAUGAUCCUGGCGAAGCAAAUGAAGUAUCUCAAAUGAGCGGUAAAAUCAGUACAUUGCUAAAAGAGGACAGUGGUGAUUGGGACCAGAUGUUAAUACAUACUUUAGAAGGAAAAUUUUCAUCAGAAAUGGUAAAGGAAAAGCUUCUGCAGAAGUUUUUCAAGGAGAAGUUGCUUGCAUGGCUCUUGCAGAAGGCAGGUGAAGGAGGAGAAGGUCCCAAUGUGUUAGAUCAGGGUGGCCAAGGUGUGCUUCAUUUCGCUGCUGCUCUUGGCUAUGAUUGGGCCAUUGAACCCACAAUUGUUGCCGGUGUAAAUAUCAAUUUUCGCGAUGUGAAUGGAUGGACUGCACUUCAUUGGGCGGCAUAUAGUGGCAGAGAGCAUACAUUUGCGUGCCUCAUCUCUUUUGGUGCAGCUCCUCAAGCACUAUCAAAUCCAACUCCCAUAUAUCCUUCAGGCCAAACACCUGUCGACUUGGCUUCUGCCAUUGGACACCAAGCAAUUAUUGGUUAUCUUGCAAACUCUGGUCUGAGUUCUCACAUUUCAUCCCUGAGUUUGCACCAAAAGGAUGGAGAUAAUUUAAGAAUUUGUUGGAGCCAAAGUAGUUAAAUUCCCACAUAAUCUGAUCUCGAGAGCAGUUAGAAUCUAUGGCGAAUGCAGAUGUUGAGCAGAUACUGUUAGAAGCACGACAUCAAUGGCUUCAUCCACGUGAGAUUUGUGAAUUGCUUCGAAACUCUAACAAAUUUCGUAUUUCUCUUCAGUCUCCGAACCUGCCGCCAAGUAAGGAAAGAGAGAGUUUUAGCAAAUAGUUUUUAAAUUCAUUGUCGCAAUAUCUCGGUUUGAUUUACAUUUGUGAUUUCAGGUGGUUCGAUUUUUCUUUUUGAUCGGAAGGUGGUGAUACUUUAGAAAUGAUGGCCAUAAGUGGAGGAAUA